AUGAAUAUCUUCUCCUUUUUUGCAUCCAUAUUUUUCACCAUUGUUUUCUUCUCAACAACUUUGCCAAUAUCACACUCUCAAAAAAAUGACACAUUUUCUACUUGCAACCAAUCCUAUUUCACCUGUGGAACUAACACAAAUGUCUCAUUUCCUUUCUGGGGAAAUAAUCGACCGAGUUUUUGCGGCAAAAAUGAGUUUAAACUCACUUGCAUGCAUGAUGAAAACACCUCUAUUCAAAUUGGUUCACAAAAGUUCAAUGUACUAGACAUUAACCAAAAUGCUUCUACCAUGAGAAUUGUUCGAACCGAUCUUGUUAAUGAUAUCUGUUCUUCGAAUUUCACCAACACUUCUUUGAUUAGAACUCCCUUUAGUUUUCUUUCAACGGUUCGAAAUCUCACUAUAUUCUAUGAUUGUCCUAUUGAGAGUAGUUCAGUUAUGAAAAAGAUAAACAGUUUUACAUGUGAGAAAAAUAGUAGCAGUGAACAUGUUUUCUAUGUUGUCAACAAUGAAACUCAGCUGCAAAACCAGUUCUUAGGAUUUCAGAACUGUCGUGUUAGUUUUCAAGUUGAAGUUUCUGAAGAUGUUGUUUGGGAUUCUGAGAGUGGAGUUCAUACGCUGGAACGAGGAUUUGAUGUGAAGUAUGAUGAAGGUGUAGGGUGGUCCUCCCAGUGUGAAGAGUGUAGAGAAUCUGGAGGAACAUGUGGUACAAAUCAGAAUGAUUCUUCUAAGUUUUCUUGUUACUGUCCUUCUGGAAGUGGAAAUCAUGAUGCUGCAAAGUGUUCUUCUCACAAAAGUAGCAAGAAGACCAAAGUAUUGAAGCUUGUUAUAGGUUUCAUAGCUACCGGAAUGUUGUUACCUCUUAUUGCUGUCAUAAUAUGUCGAAAUAAAGCGAAAAUAUGGAAGAUUAUAUUGACACAGUUCAGCAAAAUAACAAGGAAUAAUCAACAUAUAGAAGCUUUUCUUGAGAGUCAAGGUCCUUUGAAUCUAAAGAGAUACAAUUACUCAGAUGUGAAGAAAAUGACUGAAUCGUUCAAGGUUAAACUCGGAGAAGGUGGUUAUGGUUCGGUGUAUAAAGGAAAUAUCAAUGGUGUUUCUGUUGCGGUGAAAGUGUUGAAUGAAUCAAAAGGGUGUGGUGAAGAUUUCAUCAAUGAAGUUGCAAGUAUAUGCAAAACAUCACAUGUUAAUGUUGUCACACUUUUAGGGUUUUGUCUUGAUGGAACCAAGAAAGCUCUUAUCUAUGAGUUUAUGCCGAAUGGCUCGCUCGAAAAGUAUAUUCAUAAUUCCAACAAAGAAUCUGAGAAGACCGAAAAAACUAAAACUAGUCCUAAUCCGUCGUUGAGUUGGGAGAAUUUGCACCAGAUUGCGAUAGGGAUCGCUCGAGGACUAGAGUAUUUGCAUAAAGGAUGCAAUACUCGGAUUCUACAUUUUGAUAUUAAACCACAUAACAUUCUUCUGGACGAAACGUAUCGUCCAAAGAUAUCCGAUUUUGGACUUGCUAAACUAAGCACGAGGGACGAGAGCAUUAUUUCAAUGUCAAACGCUAGAGGGACGGUUGGUUAUGUAGCUCCUGAAGUUUUCAACAAAAGCUUCGGAGGAGUUUCACAUAAGUCUGAUGUUUAUAGUUACGGAAUGAUGUUGCUUGAAAUGAUUGGAGGACGAAAGAACGUUAACAUUGUUGAAGCAACUAGUCAGUCGAGCGAGUUAUAUUUUCCGCAUUUGGUGAUUUACAAGAAGCUUGAAGAUGGGAAUGAUUUGGAGCUUGAUGAUGAGGUAAUGUCGAAUGAGGAAAAUGAGAUAGCUAAGAAAUUGACUAUGGUUGGUUUAUGGUGCAUUCAAACAAUUCCAACUCAUAGACCUACAAUAAGUAGAGUUAUUGAUAUGUUGGAAGGUGCCAUGGAUUCUUUGGAAAUGCCACCAAAACCUGUUAUGUUUUCUCCUCCAAGAUCAAUACCGGAAUUUUCAACAUCAUCAAAAUCAUUGGAAAGUUUCUCUAAUUAA